AUGCCUGCAGCUGUGCUCUGCCAUCCCUGGGGAAGGCUAGGAGGUUGCAUGGACGAUCACGUCAUCCUCUCUGUGAGGAACGCGCUCGUAGAGCAGGGCUUCCUCGUCUGCCGCUUCAACUUCAGAGGGGUCGGGCAGUCCAGCGGAUCAGCCUCGUUCACCGGUGUAUCCGAGAGGCAGAACGUGUUGAGCAUAUGUAAGUUCCUGCUCGAUGGAGCUCCCGUAGCAGGACGCAAGUUGGCCAAGGUUGAGAAGAUCGUCCUCGUGGGCUACUCCUACGGAUCUGUGAUAGCCUGCAGCGUGGUGGACAAGAUGGAGGAGAUCGUGGGGGCGGUUGCCAUCAGUUACCCUCUGCGAUACACGUGGGCGUUGGUAUGCUGGAAAUCGAGCAAGUACUGGGAUAAGUUUGCGUCUUCCAAGAAGAAGAAGCUGUUCCUGUACGGCACAGAGGACGAUUUCACAGGGAAAGAUCAGCUGCAUGCUGCCUUCAUGAAGUUGGGUCAGCCGGCGGAGGAAGGAUGCUAUGAAGGGGUGAACCACUUCUGGGUACGAGGGAAGCAGCAGCUUACGAGUAGGAUCAGCGAGUGGGUAAGUGAGGUUGUAAACUAG